UAUGGAAGUCUGUAUUUUACCGCUUUGGAUGUGAUCCACAGUCACUUUGCUCCUGAACCGUAAUGGUAUGUCUAUCUGGGCUGAUCCUCCUUCGGGCUCAGCUGUUGUAUAAAAGCUGCCAGUUACUUUUCUUCUUGUCCACUCCAAUUUCACCGCUGAGAAGGUGACAAAGCAGCCAACAUGAAGCUCUUGUUUUUAAGCACCUUCAUUCUCUUUGUUGUAACAUCCUUUGAUCAAACCGAGUCAUCUUACUAUGACAAGAUACUGUCUCACAGUCGAAUCAGAGCGAAGGAUAAAGGACCUAAUGUGUGCGCCCUUCAGCAAGUGGCUGGGACCAAAAAGAAAUACUUCAGCACUUGUAGGAACUGGUAUCGUAAGUCUAUCUGCGGCAAAAAAGCGUUGGUGCUGUAUGAAUGCUGCCCAGGAUACAUGAGGCUUGAGGGAGGGCAUGGGUGCCCAGCAGUUGCUCCGAUUGAUCAUGUCUAUGGUACUUUGGGUAUUGUGGGUGCUAGAAGUACACAGAAUUAUGCAGACAGAUCUCAACUAAGGCAAGAGAUUGAAGGAGUCGGAUCUUUCACCUUCUUUGCACCAAGUGACGAAGCUUGGAUGCUGCUGGAUGCUGAGAUUCGUGAUGCACUGUUAAGCAAUGUGAACAUUGAACUCCUCAAUGCUUUGCAUUACCAUAUGCUGAACUAUCGCUUAUUGACAAAGGAUAUGAAAGAUGGAAUGACUGCACAAUCAAUGUACAAUGACUUGCCUAUUUUAAUCAAUCAUUAUUCAAAUGGGAUUGUUACAGUGAACUGUGCUAAAGUGCUUUAUGCAAACCAAAUUGCAACCAAUGGUGUUGUGCACGUCAUUGACCGAGUUAUCACAGCAGUUGGUAACACCAUUGCGGAUGUCAUUGAAGGAACUGAUGAUCUUUCAUCUCUCCGGGCUGCUGCCACUGCCUCAGGGUUGCUUGAAGUCCUAGGCAAAGAUGGGCAUUACACUGUUUUUGCUCCUACUAAUGAAGCCUUUGGCAAACUUUCAAGAGACCUUCUGGAGCGCAUCUUAAGUGACCCUGUGGCACUGAAAGCUAUGCUGAACUACCAUAUUCUCAACUCUGUUCAGUGUUCAGAAGCCAUUAUGUCUGGAUCCACCUAUACUACCUUAGAAGGAACAAAUAUAGAGAUUGGAUGCGAUGGUGAUAGUCUUACUGUUAAUGGGCAGAAGAUGGUCAAUCGCAAAGACAUUGUGACAAGCAAUGGUGUCAUUCACUUGAUUGAUCAAGUGCUGAUUCCAGAUGCAGCUAUGCAGGUCUUGGAGCUGACGAGUGGCAAACAGACCACAUUUUACGACUUAGUGAAGGAAACUGGAGUUUCUUCUGAUCUCAGUGAAAAUAGAGAGUACACAAUCCUUGCUCCCAUGAAUGACGCUUUCAAUGCUGAUAUUAUGGGACUUGAUCAGCGAUUACUGAAACUAAUCCUGAGAAACCACAUUUUGAAACUGAAAGUGGUCCUCAAUGAGUUGUACAGUGGACAAAGGCUGGAGACAUUAGGAGGAAAUUUCCUCAGAGUUUUUAUCUACCGCACUGCAGUUUGCAUUGAGAACUCCUGCAUGGUCAGAGGCAGCAAGGAGGGAAGAAACGGUGUCGUUCACCAAAUCAGAAAGGUCAUUGUCGCUGUGGAUAAGUCCCUGCUGCAAAUUCUGAGGGAAGAUCCUCGCUUUAGCAUAUUCCUGACUCUAGCAGAAUCUGUAGGUCUGACAGAACUGCUUAUGGAAGAAGGAGACUGGACUUUAUUUGUUCCAACCAACGACGUGUUUGAAAGCCUUUCAUCAGACGAACUAGAAGAAUUGACAAGUGAUAAAAAUGCUCUCAGACAUAUCCUUCUGUACCACCUCCUCAAAGGUGUUUAUGUCGGAGGUGGUAUUGAAUAUGGAGUUACCAGUCUACUGAAAUCAUACCAGGGCAGCAGAGUUAUGGUGAAACUGGUAAACAACACAAUAUUAGUAAAUAAUGUGAAGUCCAAAGAAUCUGAUCUCAUGGCAAACAAUGGUGUUAUUCAUGUGGUUAAUUCUUUACUCUUUCCAAAAGAUCUUCCUGUAGGAAGUGAUUCUCUGCUCAGGAUUCUUACAAAAAUAAUCAAGUACAUUGAGCUUAAGUAUGUCCCAGGAUUCACCUACAAAGAAAUCAGAUUGCCCAUCGUCACUCGUAUUAUCAAGGUCAUUUCUCAGCCAAACAUUACCAGAGAGACUGGGACAACUAUUACUCGAGUGAUUCCAUAUGAAACUAAGGUCACAGAAAUUACAAGAAUUGUUACAACUAAACCAGAAAUAAAAGUAAUUAGUGGAAAGGUCAUUCAAACCGGAUCAAUUGAACACAAUGCUGAGACCUUUACAAAACUUGUUGAAGGAGGAGGAACACAGCAUACCAAGUUUACCAGGAUUUUUGAGGGUGAUCCCAAAUUACUUGAGGAUGAAGAGAUCCAAAAGCUCCUUCGUGGCGGCUCCACUUCCAGAUUCACUAAAAUUACGAUUGAGGGUGAACCGCAGGCAGAGCAUGAAAGAGAAAUUACAAAACUUAUUCAUGCAGAACCAGCAAGAAGAGCUAAUCAUGGUUACAGAAGAAUGCCAGUUGGAAGAAGGGCAAGACAAACAAUGAGGAAAAACCCAAUAAAACGAAAACCAGUUCAAGCUUAAGGAGGAUUUUAAACCUUUUGAUAACACAAAAUGCAGGACAUCCACUAAAUACAAAUGGUGCAAUUUAAAAUUGGGGCCUGGCUUGCGGCGAUCACAAAUGAUGAGGAUGUCAGUUUUGCACAUGCCGCAAACUCUUAUCAGGUUACAUGGUUGUUGAAUCGAAAGUCAGAACACAUUAAUUUUUGUAUUUCCCUAUGUUUUGUAUUGAAUCUUUAGUAUAUUUUAGGAUCAAAUCUGGAUGGAUUCUGGGGCAUUUCCUUGGUACUAUUGGAAAAUUAAUUCAGCGACCUUUCAGAAUGUAAAAUGAAUAAUUUACUAAACAGCAAUUUAAUUGUGGAAUUUGUUCCCGAGGACCGCAGUUGCUUUUGCUGGGGUAAAAUAAUGGCAAGUCAGGAAAAAGAAAGCAAUUGAGUGAACAUGUAUCUUCUUGUUUUCUCAGUAUUGAGAUUAUCAUAAGCACAAGGGAAAUAUAUUCAAGGAUAUAAAAAAUAGAAUGUUUCAAAGCAAGCAGUUUGAAAAAGAUUAAAAGUUGCUUUAUGUUUGGUGUUUGUUUCCAUUUUUUGAAGCUGGGCUUAAUAAUUUACAGAUGGGGAUUUGGCUAAUGCUUGGAAACUGGUAUGUCUGCAUGGUUAAGGAUAAAAAUAUUAAAGUUGGUGCUUGCUCUAGUGAGUCUAUGGGCUAUUUCUAACAUGUAUUUUGUACUAAGACAAAAAUGCUUUGCAGUCAACAAACACAAGUUGAAGUUGUUUGUACUUUUGUAAAUGGAGUGGUAUCUUUGUUCUGAACUUUUUUUUAUAACUCAUGUUUUGUAUCAAUGAAAGACUUGCUCUUUAUUCCUGUUUAUGUUUUGCAGUUUAAAUCCUUGUUGCUAUUUCUGGGAAACCAUGCCUAAAAAUCUGUGGAAAACAUGCUGAACCUGGCGCUUUUCUGUAUUCUCUUUGAGAAACAAUUAUCUAUUAAAAAAUUUUUCCUCA